UAGAGAAAGUAUGCAAUGCAUACUGCUCAGCUACAACCCCCCAAUUAUACUGCAACUGGGGUAUUCGUGACUGGACGUCUGGGGGGGAUCACACACAUUUCCGAUUAGAGGAGGAGGAGAGAGAGAGAGAGAGAGAGAGAGGAGAGAGAGAGAGAGAGAGAAAGAGAGAGAGUUUACCCUUUCAAUCCAACCAAUAAGACUGUCGAUACGCUUAGAUUUUCAUAGUUGUGCAGGAGCACAAAGUGAGCCGACUGUGAGAACUUCCAGGUAAAGCUACAAAACCGUCUCAAGGUCCUCAUACUCAGGUCUUCUCCUCUUUAAGCCCUCGAGGCUGCUCCUCCAGGUUUUGAUGCCCACACUCUUUGAAGCAGGUGGACAGACACAGGCAUGAGUAACAGUGGGACCAAAGAACCGUCUCCCGAGCCGAGCACUGCCCAGUCACCUCCUGAGCCUCAGCGCCGGGGCAGGGGUCGGCCACGGAAACAGCUGCAGGAGCCUGUUGGACCACCAACUCCAAAGCGACCGAGAGGACGACCAAAAGGCAGCAAGAACAAAGGCCCCAAAACUGCACUGAAGAAAGUAGAGCCUGUUGGGGAGAGACGACCUCGUGGGCGACCAAGGAAAUGGCCCCAGAAAGUAGUUCCAGUAGCUGAAGAGCAGCAGGGCUCUUCAGACGAGGCUGAGGAGGGUCCCUCGCAGCUCGAGCCCUCAAAAUCUCAGGUUCCAGCGCAGGAGGAAGGGGAGUAG